AUGGCAGUUAUUCUAAUCUAUCCAGCUAUAGCUGCUUUGGCUAUGUUCAUUGUUGGAGUAAUAAUCGUUAUGUUGCGCUUCGGUCCGCAACUCUGUCAUCUUCGUCAUCAUGCACUUCCAGAUGAUCACAAUGAAUGGCGGAGUGAUGAUCGUGUUUGGCGUGGCGAAGCUUACGAUCAUGAAAUAAGUUUAGCAUAAAAUUAAGUACGAAAUAAGAAAA